AUGCCUCGCCGAGCUGCAUCCCCGGCGGCAUCUGAGAAUGAGGUCGACAUUUUCGAUUCUCUCUACACAGAGGACCAUGAGGGGCAGGAUAAUGCGCCGGCGGCGGACAAUGGAUUCGACUUCCUCGAAGGAGGGGAUGGCGAGGACGAAGCCGAUGGCGACGAAGCUUUCAUUGCCUUGAAGCAGGCGGCUUCGUUUCGAAAGACAACAAAUGUAAAAGGAAAAACGGGCAAGAAAAGCGGCGGUUUCCAGUCAAUGGGACUCAAUUCCCAUUUGCUCCAAGCGAUUCAGAGAAAAGGCUUCUCAGUCCCGACGCCCAUCCAGCGCAAAGCUAUACCACUUAUCAUGGACCGUAAAGAUGUAGUGGGAAUGGCCCGGACUGGGUCUGGAAAGACCGCCGCCUUCGUUAUCCCGAUGAUCGAGCGGCUCAAGGCACACAGCGCCAGGGUUGGUGCGAGAGCACUGAUCAUGUCUCCCUCGCGUGAACUGGCUCUACAGACUCUAAAAGUCGUCAAGGAGUUUGGCAAAGGCACAGAUUUGAAGAGCGUACUGCUUGUUGGUGGUGAUAGUCUGGAAGACCAGUUUGGCUUUAUGACAGGCAAUCCGGAUAUUAUCAUCGCAACACCCGGUCGCUUUCUGCAUUUGAAGGUGGAAAUGUCUCUGGAUCUAUCAUCAAUCCGAUACGUUGUGUUCGACGAAGCCGAUCGUUUAUUCGAAAUGGGAUUCGCGGCACAACUCACCGAAAUUCUCCAUGCACUACCACCAUCAAGACAGACACUGCUCUUCUCUGCCACUCUUCCAGCGUCCUUGGUCGAGUUUGCGCGGGCUGGUUUACAAGAUCCAAGCUUGGUGCGACUUGACGCAGAAACCAAAGUCUCCCCAGAUCUUCAAAGUGCAUUUUUCUCUGUCAAGGGAGCAGAAAAGGAAGGCGCUCUACUUCACAUAUUGCAUGAUGUGAUCAAAAUGCCUCUCGGCACACCUGAGGAUGCCCAGCCAGAAUUCGACAAAUCCUCGAAGAAAAGGAAGCGAGGCGAGAACCCCAAUGUCAGAGAAAAGCCGAGCGAGCACUCGACAAUCGUUUUCACCGCUACGAAACAUCAUGUGGAGUACGUGGCGACGGUUCUACGAAGUUCUGGGUUUGCAGUCUCACACGCGUAUGGUGCACUAGACCAGACGGCGCGCAAGAUGCAAGUCGAAGACUUUCGAAAGGGAAGAACGAACAUCCUUGUUGUGACGGAUGUUGCGGCUCGAGGUAUCGAUAUCCCCGUUUUGGCGAAUGUCAUCAAUUACGACUUCCCGGCGCAACCGAAGAUCUUUGUACAUCGAGUCGGGCGAACUGCACGUGCUGGACAAAGGGGUUGGAGUUACAGUAUCGUACGAGAAGCGGACGCUCCCUACCUUUUGGAUCUCCAGCUGUUCCUCGGUAAGAGAUUAGUGGUUGGCCAAGAAGCAGGCGAACAGCCCUCAUUCUCUGAGGAUGUUGUUGUGGGCGCUCUCCGUCGAGCUGAUGUUGAGUCGAAUGUCGAGUGGGUGAACAAGCUCCUAGAUGACGAAGAAGACAUCAACACCCUUCGCCAAGUUGCGAGGAAGGCUGAGAGGCUUUAUGUAAAGACCAGAAAUUCUGCUUCGAGUCAGAGCGCAAAGCGAGCUCGAGAAAUCGUGGCUUCUAAAGCCUGGAUGCAGCUUCAUCCGCUCUUUGGAGAAACAACUGAUGAUAUCGAGUUUGCUCGCGCUGAAAUGCUCGCAAAGAUUAGCGGCUUCAGGCCACAAGAAACGAUCUUUGAGGUCAGUAUGACCAGCAAGCCUGUGCAUAGCAAGGCAGCAGAAGUCAUGAAGAACUUGAGGAAGAAGAUUGUACCGCGGAAGUCAGCACAUAAGGAUGAGAUACCAGUCGAAGAAUCUGAUGAUGAUUUGCCGUCCAAGAACGCCGACGCAUACGACAGUGGGAGCGACGAUGAAGACGUUGUGGAUGAGGACUUGGUAGUGGCACAGAAUGAAGCUGAAGUGUCUGAUUUGGAUGAGGAUUCAGAUGAUGGUCUUGAAGUUACAGUAUCGAGCAAUAAAGCUCAUAAGUCAACAUCAUCAUUUCAGGAUGAGGACGUCUUCAUGUCAUACACACCGAAAACAAUCAAUACCGCUGAGGAACGGGGAUACGGUGUCCACUCGGGCUCUCACGGAGCAAAUUUCACCGAGGCAGCACGAGAUGUCACAAUGGACCUUACGAAUGACGACGGUGCGAAAGCAUUUGGCAUGCCUACUCGUUCAAAGAUGCGCUGGGACAAGAAGAACAGCAAAUAUGUGUCCACGGCUAACGACACGGAUGGUAGCAAGGGAGCCAAGAUGAUUCGCGGCGAGAGCGGUGUCAAAAUCGCGGCGAGCUUCCAGAGUGGUAGAUUCGACAAAUGGCGCAAAGCAAACCGGCUUGGGAAACUUCCUCGGGUUGGCGAGGCUGAGCGCAACAAUACCGUUCGCCAACUAAAUAACGGUGGUUUCUGGAAGCACAAGCAAGAAAAGGCGCCGAAGGAGGCGGACAAAUUCAGGGACGACUAUCAUGUGCGCAAGAAGCGUGUAGCCGAAGCUAAGGAGAAGAGAAUUGGCAAGUACAAGGACGGAGAAGGAAGCAAGAGGGAAAUCAAGAAUGCAGACGAUAUCCGCAAGGAACGCAAGGUCAAGGAGCUCAAGAGAUUAAAGAAUGCUCGUCCUGCAAAACGCGCCAAGAGGUAG